AUGGGUAGAAUUAGAUGCGGUUACUGCAUUCUCAGGGUGAACAUGGUGAAAUAUCAGAAACUAGAUACUCUGGAAAAUAAAGAUAGCAUAAAGUUUGCUGCUACACAGAUGAGAAUGAAAACUAACAAGUGGUGUCCGACUAAUCAAUCACUAUCCUUCGCAGAUAUGGUACAUGGAACAAUGGUGAAAUAUUCGGAAAAUGAGGUUAGGAACAUUAAUAUCAGGCUAGUCAGUUUCUCAAAAUGUAGUCAUGACUGUGUAAUGGUUGGUGAGGCCAUUAACAUUCAAAUUAUUGGGGAGUUACCCAUGAUUCUUUCUUUGGAAGGUAAGCAUGAAGCUACAGUUCAUUACAUCGGUUGCAUGAAUGUUAUCUUUAAAUUUGUAAACUCCAAAAUGGCGAAGGUGUUUCAUGAGAACCAACAAAACUCGAAUAGAUGGUUUAAAUUGCUAAAAAUGAGGUUCAACGAUGACCUGGUGUGUGAAAGAUUAACACGGGUAAAAAUUCUUGGUUUACCUAUCAGAUUUCAUUCAUUUGAAAAUUACAUGAAGAUUGUAAAUGCAUUCAGAAAAACGAUUGAAUCUCCAUGGACUAAAGGGGUUGAAUCGAGUGAUUUUGACUUAUAUUAUGGAUUUGUAUGUGUCCUAACUAAAACUAGAACGAUCAUCAAUGGUGAAAUAGAUGUUUCCUUUGGUAAAAAGAAAUAUAAAGUUGGUGUGGUGGAGUGUGAUAGAGACUGA